UGCUUUCCAAGCCGGUGGAAAAAAGUGUGUAACUGUAAAUGUCAUCUGUCUAUAUCUCCCAUGUGGGGUCAAACAACUCCCUCAGUAAAGAGUGUUCAGAAGUUGAGAGAAGCAUUUUAAUGUUUGCUGCAAUGACACCGGGUUCAAACCACACACUGGCAAUCUCAAGGAAAGGGAUUGAAAGGAAUUGCUGUGCGCCGCACAGACAGAAGAUCUGUCACUUUUCAGGGUCAAAGACAAAGGAUCAGAGAAAUACAAAAUCACAAAAAUCACCCUGCCUCAGGACCUGUCUGGCAUUUUGCUUCAAGGACCGGGCGAGGAUGGAUCAAAGGGAACAAUCGAUGGAUUCUCAUGCUGAAGGGACUGAAGGAAGACUCAGGGAACUGGCUUCAAAGUGGUUCAUAGACACUCAAGUGCAGCUCAUCGUCCACAACGGCUUCUUCCCUACUUGGUUCAUGGGCUUCGUCACAAGAAAGGAUGCUGAAGAAAUACUCAGAGAAAAGGAACUGGGCUGCUUCCUUAUCCGUCUCAGUGAUAAGACCAUCGGAUACAUACUGUCUUACCGAGGCAGGGAUCGGUGUCGACAUUUUGUGAUAAGCCAAAUUGAAUCAGGCCAGUUUGUUGUCUGCGGAGACACUAUGGAACAUGACACAAUCUCUGAUCUCAUAGAAUACUACAAGAUGAGCCCCAUCCAGCCAUUCGCAGAGUAUCUGACAUCUCCGUGUAUUGAGGCGCUGAAUGAGGAGCUGUAUGAUAUCAUCCAGGUUAGCCCCAAAGAAAAGCCUGUGGCCACUGUCAGAACUGUGAGCACGAAUGCUGUGAACAUGCAAAAACCACUGGGUGACUUGCCUUCAGAGCAGCCACCUACACGUCCACCAAAGGGCAACAGGACACAAGAGGAAGUACCACCUUUGCCUCGGAGGAGCAGACACCUUGAUAGUGGGCCCAUGAACGACAAGGACAAGGUUUUGUAUGCUCAGCUUAGGAAGCAAUCACCCAGGGAGAUACCGAGACACCUCUGUCAGGACAAGUCACCUGGGGAUAAUUUGGGGAGAGCUGACAGAUCUACAACCCAGGAUCAGUACAUAAGGAGGUGUAGUCCUCCGGCAGCACCGUACUCUGUUUACUCUGAACUCAGCCACCUAGACAGCAAGAGCAGGUCUCUACCACUUCUCGACAACAGCUCUGACGGAGAGCAAUCUUACAGGCUGAGUGCACCCCCACACACUCCACCAAGACUUUCCCCCAAGCCCCUCAGACAAACCACUUACAGUGGCUUGCAGCCAGAGAAGACAGACUUGUGCAGCACGCGAAAGAGCAGCCACAGCCUGGAAUACAUGGACAACGGUGGCAUCUAUCACCUGGCUGGCAGGUCCGGUAGCCCACACACUACGUUGUCUGAGACGAGAUCAGAGCAGCACAAUGAUUCACUCUACGCUGAAGUCCCCAGUGAAGCAUUCACUGGCCGUUUCACUCCUGUCAGUACAUACGAGCUGAUUCCCAGCCACGGGGACACCAAACCUAAACCCAACAACAACACUUACGAGCCUCUGGAGGACAUCAGACCCAAACAUAACUCCUCACCCUUUGGGUUAAAAAAUGAUAAAUGGAAAUGGCUGUUCCCUGAGGCCAAGAGGAAAUAGUGAAGAGGUUACCAGCUACUGAAGAAAAUGUUCACUAAUUUCUUUUUGACACUACAGCGAUCCUACCUUAAUAUAAUAUUAACAUUACUAUUAAUUAAUACUAAUAUUAACUCUGUGAAAGCUUCUUUUUUAUAUAUAUAUUCAACAUGUGUUUACAUGUUUGUAAUUAUUCAAAUAACAUCUGCUGUAUUUUUGCUUUUUAAUGUAUUUAUUUAGAAAAGAUUUACAUCUUUGUACUGACAUUUUACAAAGCAAAUGAUGUAUGUUAAACACAUUCAGUCCAUAAAUGAGAUUCAAAACGAAA